AUGAAGGUUGCUGCAACAGAAGAACUAUGCAUUUUGUUGUUGACUGCAUCUUGCCUUGUUCUUAUUUCAGGGCUCCAACUUGAUUCUAUGCCUUAUGAUUAUUAUGCUACUACAGAGUGUGUGACAGAACCUCAGAGGGCACAAUACAGAGGAGGCAUUAUUCUAAAUCCAGAUUUUGAUCACAGCAUACAUGAUUGGACAGUGUUUGGAAAUGGAACAAUCGAGGAGCGAGUAUCAAAUGAUGGAAAUAGAUUCGUUAUUGCUAGCAACAGAACACAACCAUUGGAUGGUUUCUCACAGAAGGUCCAACUGAAUAAAGGAAUUAUGUACACUUUUUCUGCUUGGUUUCAGCUCAGUGAAGGAAGUGACACUGUUUCAGUUGUUUUUAAAACAAAUGGAAGCGAAUUGGUACGAGGUGGCAAUGUGAUAGCCAAGCAUGGAUGUUGGUCGCUGCUUAAAGGUGGCAUAGUUGCAGACUUUUCAAGCCCUGCUGAGAUACUCUUUGAGAGCGAGAAUCCAACUGUGGAAAUAUGGAUCGAUAGUGUUUCAUUACAACCAUUCACCAGAGAAGAAUGGAGAUCACACCAAGACAACAGCAUUGAGAGGGUACGAAAGAGCAAGGUGGGAUUCCAGGUAACUCAUCCAAACGAAACAGCAUUGGAAGGAGCAACCGUUGUUAUCAAACAAACAAAGACAGAUUUCCCAUUUGGAUGUGGGAUGAAUCAUCGCAUCCUCACAAAUAUUGAGUACCAAAAAUGGUUUGUGUCAAGAUUCAAAUACACAACUUUCACCAAUGAGAUGAAGUGGUAUAGUACAGAGAAUGUUCAAGGCCAGGAAAACUAUACUAUCCCAGAUGCUAUGUUAAAAUUCACUAAAGAAAAUGGCGUUUCUGUCAGAGGUCAUACCAUUUUGUGGGACGAUGAAAAAUUUCAGCCUGAAUGGGUUAAGUCCCUAUCCCCUGACGAAUUACGAGAAGCAGCUACAAAAAGAAUGAAUUCUAUGGUUUCAAGGUAUAAUGGACAAGUGAUUGCAUGGGACGUGAUGAACGAGAAUCUCCACUGCCACUAUUUUGAGGACAACCUUGGUGAAAACGCCUCUGCGAUAUAUUAUUCAACAGCUUACCAUCUUGAUCCGAACACCAUGAUGUUUAUGAAUGAGUAUAACACCAUUGCGUACAGUGGAGAAAAGAUUGCCAGCCCAGCCAAUUAUAUCAGAAAACUUAAGGAGAUUCAGCAAUUUCAAGGAACUGAUGGAAUAUCAUUGGCCAUAGGGGUGCAAGGCCAUUUUUCAAGUGGUGUGCCAAAUCUUGCUUACAUGAGGUCAAGUCUAGAUCUUCUUGCUGCAACUGGACUUCCUAUAUGGCUCACAGAAGUCACUGUGGAUCCUAGUCCAGAUCAGGCAGAGCACUUGGAAGAGAUACUAAGAGAGGGUUACUCGCAUCCAUCUGUUCAGGGUAUUAUAAUGUUUGUAGGUCCAGCACAAGCUGGUUUCACGAGUACACCCCUCGCAGAUGAAAAUUUUCUAAAUACUCCGAUUGGAGACGCCAUGGACAAACUGAUUAGUGAAUGGGGAACUGGUACUCAAACGGUCAUAGCAGACAGGCGAGGAAUUGUAGAUAUUUCACUACAUCAUGGGGAUUAUGAUAUAACUGUUACACACCCUCUAACACAAAGCUCUAAAAAAUUGAAUAUAAGUGUAGGGAAAGCAUUUUCACAGGAAAUCAUCCAUGUGAAAAUGCAGGCCUAA